UUUUCAUUUUAUUAAUUUAUUUAACACACAGAACACGCACAUUUAUUAUACGACUGCAGUGAAAUGCAAAAUAUUAUUUUUAGUUCAUUUUCUAACAAUCUUUGAAAAAUAUCGUAAAAAAUUUAAAGUUAUUUUUUCUUUUCACAAAGAAAGCGGUAAUAUAAAUUUUUUAGACAAUCGCCGUAACAAUAAAAAGAAUCGAAAAGCGUAAAACUCCUUAAAUGCAAAAAUAAUAAAAGGAGUAAAAAAAAAAAGAAACGAUUACAUAUACAUUAGCCUUAAAAUAAUAGCAGUGACAAAGAAUUUAUUUUUAUAAGAAAAAUUUCAACAGUGUCAACGAAAUAAAUAACAACAGCGGAAAAUUUUUGAAUUGCCUAAUAAAUCAUUUUUACUUACUAAACAAAAUAAACGUAGAGAGAGAAAUAUUGCUUGUGGUUCUCAAGGACUUGUAUACUCCACAGCAGUUUGCUUUAAUAUACAAUUUGUCAGAAAAUGACUGCAAAUCUUCGUCAAAUUCCAUUGACCUGCAGUGGCCACACUCGGCCAGUAGUGCAUUUGGAUUUUAGUGAUAUCUGCGAAAGUGGUUACUUCCUAAUAUCGGCAUGUAAAGAUGGCAGUCCAAUGUUGCGGCAGGGUGAUACUGGUGAUUGGGUGGGCACCUUUGAAGGUCAUAAAGGUGCUGUUUGGGGAGUGGCUUUGAAUAAGAAUGCCACAUUGGCAGCCUCGGGUGCAGCCGAUUUUACCGGCAAAGUUUGGAAUGCUGUAACCGGCGCUGAAAUCCAUAGUUUCCAGCAUAAGCAUAUAGUAAAGUCGGUAGCAUUCGAUACAAAUUCGGAGAACAUUGUAACUGGCAGUAAUGAGAAAUUAGUGCGUGUUUUCAAUCUCGAACAACCUCAAGCCGAACCCGAAAUGUAUACGGGUCAUGGCGGAAAUAUUAAACAAGCGUUAUUCUGUCGUGAUGAUAAAUGUAUAAUGUCGGCGGCUGAGGAUAAAACCGUACGUCUGUGGGAUCGUUUGACUGGCAAUGAAAUUCAACGUCUAACAUUCCCCAAUAAUCCGAAUAGUUUGGAAAUUUCCGCCGAUAGUCAUAUCCUAACGGUAUCUCAUGGUUCCAGCAUUAGCUUUUGGGAAGUCGAUACGCUUAAAAAACUGAAAGAAGUUAAAGUGCCAACCAAUGUGUCCUCAGCUAGUUUGCAUCCUGACAAGCAUGUCUUUGUGUGUGGUGGUGAAGAUUUUAAAAUGUAUAAAUUCGACUAUAUAACAGGAAACGAAAUAGAAUCAUUUAAAGGUCACUUUGGUCCUGUACAUUCAGUGAAAUUUAGUCCUGAUGGUGAAUUAUAUGCCAGUGGUUCUGAGGACGGUACUUUACGUUUGUGGCAGACUACCGUUGGCAAAACAUAUGGCCUCUGGAAAUGCACUGAACCAGGCGAACUAAAUAAUUCAUUAAAUUCUCCUCGCGAAGUACAUGCCAAUUAAUAAAAAAUACAUUCACUAACCCACUCGCAUACAUAAUAAUGAUACAAAUGAAGAAAAAACGAAAAAAACAAAACCCUUCCGGAUAUUUUCCUGCAUAAUUAAUUUUAAGAUUU